CGGAUCAGGGGUUGUUUUGUAUCAGCAGUAGCAGCCGCAAGGCGCUCGGCUUCUGGAAGGAAGUCUUGCGGACAAGCGCCGCAGGGCUCGCUCCAGGGGUGAGGAAGAGCUCUGUCCCGGGGUCUAGCCCGCCGCAGAGACCGACGAUCCCUGACCUUGUCCUGCUUUCAGAUCGCGAAUUUAGCGACAGCCCCUUCGCUACCCACCGGCCGCGUUUCCCGGCUCAGUGCUGGGCUUGCUGCACCCGGAACACAGGCGGAAGCAGUAGGUGCACUAGUUGUUGGAACCGGGGUACCGCUCUGCGGCACUGAGAACUCCGCGGCCCCAAGUAUGCCGCGGGGGGCGGGGCUUGCGAAGGCCCCGCCCCCGCCCCGCACGGUCCUCCCCCGCCUCCUGGCCGAGUAGGCCGGGGGUUGCGCUGCGCCGCGCUGAGUCCACGCCUCAGUGGGUCUUUUUGCAGCAGUUGCGAAAACCCGGAACGAAGGUGUUGUUGCCGCUGGGCAGAGCGGCGCCGCCCCUCGCCGCACCUCCCCGCCAGUCCUCGGAGGCCUCGCUGGGCAUGCUCAGUCGGCUGGGCCGCUUCAGCUCUCGCAGUAGGAAGCUUGGGGCGCUUGGCUUGUGAGGACCCGCGGCGGGGCGAAGAUGGAGCCCUUUACCAAUGAUCGACUCCAGCUUCCAAGGAAUAUGAUUGAAAACAGCAUGUUUGAAGAAGAACCAGACGUGGUAGAUUUAGCCAAAGAACCUUGUUUACAUCCUCUGGAACCCGAUGAAGUGGAAUAUGAGCCCCGGGGUUCAAGGCUACUGGUACGAGGUCUUGGUGAGCAUGAGAUGGAUGAGGACGAAGAGGAUUAUGAGUCAUCUGCAAAGCUGCUGGGCAUGUCCUUCAUGAACAGAAGCUCAGGCCUUCGAAACAGUACAACAGGCUACAGGCAGAGUCCAGAUGGGACUUGUUCAGUGCCCUCUGCUAGGACCUUAGUGGUCUGUGUUUUUGUCAUCGUGGUUGCUGUCUCUGUAAUUAUGGUGAUUUAUCUACUGCCUAGAUGUACCUUUACCAAAGAAGGCUGCCACAAAAAAAACCAGUCAACAGGACUAAUUCAGCCAAUUGCCACAAAUGGGAAAUUGUUUCCAUGGGCACAAAUUAGGCUUCCCACUGCCAUUAUGCCUCAGCGCUAUGAACUUAGCCUACACCCAAACCUAACCUCAAUGACAUUCAGGGGCUCUGUGACAAUUUCACUUCAGGCUCUUCAAGCCACGUGGAAUAUCAUUCUCCAUAGCACAGGACAUAAUAUUUCAAGAGUGACAUUUAUGUCAGCAGUUUCAAGUCAAGAAAAACAAGUUGAAAUCCUGGAAUAUCCAUAUCAUGAACAAAUCGCCAUUGUUGCCCCUGAAGCCCUUCUAACAGGACACAAUUAUACCUUGAAGAUAGAGUAUUCGGCAAAUAUAUCUAACUCUUAUUAUGGGUUUUAUGGCAUCUCCUACACAGAUAAAAGUAAUGAGAAAAAGUACUUUGCAGCAACUCAGUUUGAACCUCUGGCAGCAAGAUCUGCAUUUCCCUGUUUUGACGAACCAGAAUUUAAAGCCACAUUUAUCAUCAAGAUUAAAAGGAAUGAGCAUCACACUGCUUUAUCCAAUAUGCCUAAGAAGUCAUCGGUCCGUACAGAAGAAGGACUUAUUCAGGAUGAGUUUUCUGAAAGUGUGAAAAUGAGCACAUACCUGGUUGCUUUCAUUGUAGGGGAGAUGAGGAACCUGACUCAGGAUGUAAAUGGAACCCUGGUUUCUAUAUAUGCUGUACCAGAAAAGAUUGGUCAAGUUCACCAUGCCUUGGACACAACUGUAAAGCUCCUUGAGUUUUAUGAAAAUUACUUUGAAAUUCAAUACCCACUUAAGAAAUUGGAUUUGGUGGCCAUUCCUGACUUUGAAGCGGGAGCAAUGGAAAAUUGGGGCCUGAUUACAUUCCGAGAAGAGACUCUUCUGUAUGACAAUGCCAGUUCUUCAGUAGCAGAUAGAAAAUUGGUUACUAAAAUCAUUGCUCAUGAGCUGGCUCAUCAGUGGUUUGGUAAUCUGGUUACAAUGCAGUGGUGGAAUGACCUGUGGCUAAAUGAAGGCUUUGCGACUUUCAUGGAGUAUUUCUCUGUGGAAAAAAUAUUCAAAGAGCUCAACAGUUAUGAAGACUUCUUAGAUGCUCGAUUUAAAACCAUGAGGAAAGAUUCCUUGAAUUCAUCCCAUCCAAUAUCAUCAUCUGUUCAGUCUUCAGAACAAAUAGAAGAGAUGUUUGAUUCUCUUUCCUAUUUUAAGGGAGCUUCUCUCUUGUUGAUGCUGAAAACUUACCUUAGUGAAGAUGUGUUUCAGCAUGCUAUCAUUCUUUAUCUACAUAAUCACAGUUAUGCAUCCAUUCAAAACGAUGAUCUCUGGGACAGCUUUAAUGAGGUCACAAACAAAACACUAGAUGUAAAGAAAAUGAUGAAAACCUGGACCCUACAGAAAGGAUUCCCAUUGGUGACUGUCCAGAGGAAGGGGACCCAGCUCCUUCUACAACAAGAAAGAUUUUUUCUAAGCAUGCAAGCAGAAAUUCAGGCUGCAGAUACCAGCUACCUUUGGCAUAUUCCAAUAUCCUAUGUCACUGAUGGAAGAAACUAUUCAGAAUAUCGAUCAGUUUCACUACUGGACAAGAAAUCAGAUAUCAUCAAUCUUACAGAACAAGUGCAGUGGGUCAAAGUCAAUACAAACAUGACUGGCUAUUACAUUGUUCACUAUGCUGAUGAUGACUGGGGAGCUCUAAUCAGUCAGUUAAAGAGAGAUCCUUAUGUUUUGAGUGACAAAGAUCGAGCCAACCUCAUAAAUAAUAUCUUUGAACUUGCAGGCCUUGGCAAAGUGCCUCUUCGGAUGGCAUUUGAUUUGAUUGAUUAUCUUAGAAAUGAGACCCACACUGCACCCAUCACUGAAGCCCUGUUCCAGACAGGCCUCAUCUAUAACCUCUUGGAAAAACUAGGACACAUGGACCUGGCCUCAAGAUUAGUGAACAGAGUCUAUAAACUACUCCAGAACCAAAUCCAGCAGCAGACUUGGACUGAUGAGGGCACGCCAUCCAUGCGAGAGCUUCGGUCAGCCUUGCUGGAAUUUGCCUGUGCCCACAGACUAGAGAACUGUACCACUGUGGCCACAAAGCUUUUUGACGAUUGGAUGGCAUCGAAUGGAACUCAGAGCCUGCCUACUGAUGUCAUGAUCACUGUGUUCAAAGUUGGAGCAAGAACCGAGAAAGGCUGGUCAUUCCUCUUAAGCAUGUAUUCAUCCAUGGGCUGUGAAGCAGAAAAAAAUAAAAUACUUGAAGCUCUUGCCAGCUCUGAGGAUGUGCAGAAACUUUACUGGUUAAUGAAAAGUAGCCUUAAUGGUGAUAUCAUCCGAACACAGAAGUUGUCACUUAUCAUCAGAACAGUGGGCAGACACUUUCCUGGACACUUGCUGGCAUGGGAUUUUGUUAAAGAAAACUGGAAUAAGCUUGUACAUAAGUUCCAUCUGGGCUCCUAUACUAUACAAAGUAUUGUUGCUGGAUCAACUCACUUGUUUUCCACGAAGGCACAUUUGUCUGAGGUCCAGGCAUUCUUUGAAAAUCAGUCCGAGGCAACCUUGCAGCUUCGGUGUGUCCAGGAGGCUUUGGAAGUUAUUCAGCUGAAUAUCCAGUGGAUGUCGAGGAAUCUGAAAACUCUGACCUUGUGGCUGUAGCACUCACGGCUGACCUUCCGGUGCCCACGGCUCUGCUGCUUUUGCAAAAGUUGAAGUGAAGGCAGGCCUGCUACUGAAUUGUUUGCACUGUUAGGAAUUCUAGUUAGCUCAGGGCCCAAUUGUGUUUUUCAUGUCUUUUCUGAAAUGUCUUUAGGCAGUAAGUAGUUAUUUAUUACAAAAUUAUAUUCACCUGUAUACCAACCAUCUACAAAAACAAUGCGUAAUUUUUCUUUGGACACACAAAUGGAGAAAAAAGUCAUAUUUGAAAUUCUGUUCUAUUUAUUAGUGUCCAGAGAGUUGCUGACAUAGUGCAACCAAGGAAAGUCUGCUAUAAGAACCACCAUAUUUGAGGGUUGCUGAUUGGCCAGUUGUUUGUUGAUUCUUAUUGAUAAAUGCACUUGGAAUGUGAUAGCCUGGAAGAGUCCAGUAACAAAGGCAUUCAUGAUGCAGCUAUAGACAACUGACCUCAGGUGUGCAGGUCUGCCCUGAUUGGGGGUCCUUUAAAAGGUCUGUAUCUUUAUUAUAAUUUUCCCUGUAGAAUAAUCAGGUUCUAAAGAUUUUUUCUUGUUUCUUUGGACAGUUGAACAAACAGGCCCCAAAUUUCAGUUUUCCAAAUAUUUCACACUUUCUGCUUCAUCUUUAUGGCGCUACUGUAGGAAGGUAUUCUGAAUUGAGUUAAUGUUAGUUAUUUUAUCCAUGAAUUCCAGUACCCCCCAACUCUAUACACCUGGUUAGUCCUGCUUAGGUAGAUUUUCUGCUGUAGAGGACUAUUUCUUUGCUUUUGGCAAGCUUUCUGUUAAGCACUGGUAUUUUUGUCAUUACUUUCCCACCAAGAAUGUAAUUUAAGUUGCCUUUUGACCUAACAAAUCAUACCCUUUACUGUGUGAAUUGUACUCAUGUGUGUGCUUUUACUUUAUGUUACAGUGUGUAUUAGAAGCAUUUCUCAAGAAAUUAAAGCUUUUUAUUUUGAAGUUCACCAUAGCACCUUAAAGGGACAAUGAGAAUGUGGAAAAGGAAUAAGUUGAAAAUAUGGUGGACUAUGAAUUCUUUUUUCAGUGCUAAAAACAGUGCUUUUGUUUAGUUGAAAAAAAAAAAAAAAACUGUAGCUUUGUUUUCUUUUAUUAUGGCCAAACUAACGUUAAACAGAGUGGCCAAGGCUCAAACAAAGGAAAAGGGACGGAGGGUAUCCAGAGCAGAAUGCGGGCGUUUUCACUCCUUCUGAAGGAGAAAUAUUGUACUUGAAUUUUUUUGAGCUAUGCAGACUUAUUCCUAGAUUGUUAUGUUUCUUUGAUUCUUAGGAGAGAAGUUUUCUUCUUAAUAACUCAUGAGAAUUCUAUAUUUUGUUUGAAAACUGUCCGUGUACAUAAAAAAGAAUUACUCAUUUGUGAACACUGAAAACACUCCACAGAGUCAGACCAUAGAAAGGCCACUUUUUUAUUUGGCUGUUGUAAAGUUAGAAUAUGUGGAGCUGUAUACAAAGUUAUAGUUUAUUUUAUGAAAAUAUUUUUAUAUAACAAAAUUUUAAUGGCUGACAAGCUGAAAAUAGCCUGCUUUAAACCUACUGUUUGCUCCCAAUUUAGUCUUUUCUAAACAUUUUUGUGUUUUUGAGUAGAAAAUGUUAUUCCUGAGAAUCACAGAAUCAUCUUGAUAUCUUUGUGAAAUAGUUAAUUGUAGAUCUUUAUUUCCUUUGUGCUUUUGGUAAAUGAGUGAUAGUUUAGUUGAUACUGAAGGUAGGGGGGUUUUAUAUUUUUAGAGUGAAGGGAAAAUACUCUGGUGGGUUUUAGUUGACAUUUUUUUUUUUUUUACCAUGUUGUAUUACUAAAUUCUACUUUGAUACAGAAUUUAACUUUUGCUACUUCUCAAGAUCAGUUCAGUCUUGAGAUUUACCUGCCCAUCUUGGCAUUGAUCCUAAAGUCUAUGUAACUCUGCAUAUGGCAAAUCUUGUCUUAAAUAACACUUUUUUUCAUGUAUGAAUGUGAAUGUAUGUGGUGUGUGAUGUUGUAAAUAAAGCCUUAUGAGGAUAUGUGCUUUAAAAAAAAAAAAAAAGAAAGAAAGGUAAUUCUUGAUUCACUGCUAUCAGAAGAUGUUCAUUCCCAGGAUACGGGAGCCAUAAUAUUUUUAGUCUUACCUAUAAUCUUCAUCUCAAUUGUUUUUUAACUUUGAUAGGCCUCCUCUUAAUUUCCCCACAAAAUUCUGUAAGUUUUCAUGUUUUGUUAGCCUGUUAUGUGCGACCUCUUAUAGCUAACUCAAAGUUAAGAAUAUAAGGCUGAGAGGUAGCAUUUAUACUCUGAUAAGUAUAUUGGUAGCAUUCAGAUUUUCCUCCUCCUAAAUUUACAUUGCCUUCUGUACUUCUAGGAAGAAAGAUUGAGGCCCCAGGCCAGCUUAUGCUUUUGGUGUAAGCACACAAAUAUCUGACAUCAUUGGGUAGUGAUUGAAUGAGCAUUCUGCUCACUACAGAGAAAGGGUGUACUUGAAUAUAAUGUGAAAGGUACAUCUUGAUUAUUAGGAAAAAUUGAAUUGGAAAUCUAGAUUUGGAAGAAAAAAUUGAUUUGGAGAUCUGAAAGUUAGGAAUUGGAGGAGAUUUUAUUCUGCUAAUAUGGAGUUAACUAUAAUAAAAAGUAGUGGCAGUUUCUCCCCCAGAAACUUGUGCCUUCUGUCUCAUUUUGUCUUUAAAAAUGAAAUUGUGUUUGUCAGUGUUCCGUGUUUACAAACUUUCUUGCUAUCACAGGUUCUACUUAACUGGUUUUCUUUGCCACUUGUGUUUUCAUUUUAUGAGACUUUAGCCACCACUAGAACAAAAGCUUCCAGAAGAGUCCUGGGUAUAAAAAAAAAA